UAAUUCAUAAAGCCCAGUUGGUUUCUUCUCUAUCCUUCCAGUGUCCACGGAUCUAUCACAUUCAUCCAGAGAUAAGAACCUCCUGAAAGAAAAGCGCAAUCCGGUUGGCCUAUACGGCACUCGAGAUGGACGGCGGCGCCAGCCUCGUGACCUUCGUUGUCGUAGCCUUGCAGUCCAUCAAAACCGUGCAUGGGGUUAUUUCAGCAGUCAAAGACGGGCCUCAGAGCGUUCGAAGUCUUGCGGACUCAGUCGCGCAGCUGAAGAGUAUUCUAGAACGGCUUUCACAUAUUCAGUUAGAACCCGCCAACAGCAUAGACUUGACAGACCUGUCCAAUCUCACGCAAAGAUGCGCUACAGAUCUUGGCAACUUCGAAUCAAAACUCCAAGGACUGAAUCUCUCCACCGACGACCGACGGUUCGGCAGAUUCUGGAAGCGACUCAAGGCCGCCAUUUCGGAGAAAGAGCUCGAACGCAUGCGAGAAAUGAUCAGGGCACACACGCUGACGCUCAACUUCCACCUUAGCCUGUUACAAACAGCACAGCUAUCGUUCUCGAGCAUGCAGUCCACCGAAAUCCUUAAGCUUCUCAAAGAGCUGAAGAGUGACAUCGCGCAAUCAAGCUUUGCGAAUCACGGAACGGCAACGUCCCAGAAUCCCAACGCAACAGCGACAGCAAUCGACGCUACAACAACAGAUACAACCGAGUCAGCGCUUGAAGACAGUAUCUCCCGGCUGAUAAAACUUGUGAACGAGAAAGAAUGCACGGUGGAAUCUGAGGACGCUGAGCAGUUGAUAGACGAUCUUCAGACGCUGAUAGACUCUGCUCACAGCAAAGAGUCGAUUCCGGUAGCGCCGCACGAACCUGGCGAGGGCGAAGCAAUAUCGAAUAUCGCGAGAGAGCUAAAGCUAGCCACUAGCCUGAUCUUCUCCGCUCCAUCAAUUGCAAUCAAUAGUAACGCCAGAACCGGGCUGAUCGCUUCCGCCUUUUCGGGAUGCGUCAUCGACCAACAGCGGAAACGGAAAGUCAUCGAUCUAGACAGCGGAACCCUGACCGUCGCAACGAACAAACGGCGCCGAAGACACGAUGGACAGCAACGCGACGUCACAACUGAUAGGAGCGGUGCUAGUGGAAGAGAAUUCUUCGUCGAGAUCCUCUUCAAGCCGAAAACCUCUCAGGCUAUGCUUGCAGUAUCUGUAAGCCAAGGCCAAUUGCUUCGGGGUAGCUUCUCGAGUAUACCAAGGCUGUCAGUCAACAACGUUCUCCCGGUUGGCUCCUUAGUCUUCAAAUUAGCCGAAAAUGGGCGAAUCGAGGAUUUGGUGUCCUUGGUUGCUGCAGGGAAGGCUAGUCUUCGCGAUCAUGAUACGGAGGGUCAGUCGCUUCUCCACUAUGCAGUAGCACAUCCAUCUAUGUGUAAGUUUCUUAUCCAAAAUGGGUUGGAUGUGGACGGGAUCGGUAAAGCAAGGUGGGCCAGGUUUGAAGCAACACCUUUACAUGAGUGUUGGAGGUACGACGGUCAUGAAACAGCGGCGAUUCUCCUGGAGGCAGGCGCGGAUCCGACUAUCACGUCCGGCUAUGGGAGCAGCGUUGUACAUUUAGCGGCCGGGCGGCCGGGUCCCACGGACGAGCAUAUCUUACGCGGGAUCUUCAAUCUAAGCGCGCAUUUCGGGGUUGCCAGCUUCAGAGAUCACAAUGGUCGAUCGCCAUUUUUACGCGCUUGCGGUAGGCUUCUCGACUGGAGUACUGGUUUAGAACAAAAUAUCCGGAAGUUGAGCCAUCUUCUAGAGAGGGGGUGCAGCAUUCAUGACACCGAUGACGACGGCUCGACUUGUCUCCAUAUUAUAUUCUCCAAUGGGAUCGACGGCGCGUUGAAUGGGCACUGGAGAGACACUUUGAUAUACCUAAUCCGCCAGGGAGCAGACCUCUACGCGUUGGACUACUCAGGGGCAUCUGUCUCGCACAUUGCGUACUCAGAAACGUGCUACGACAGACAACUCAGUGCAGGGACCUCUCGAGGAGACCUAUUUGAUUUCGCUCUAGAUUCAUGUGGAUACAACAUCUUGGAAUUCAGGAAGAAAUAUCCGCGAAGAGGAAGGUAUGAGGGAGGUUAUUCUCGGCAGGAUUUUGAGCUGCUCUGGAAGGGUAGAGAGGAGCGGUGCCCCUAUUGGGAUGACGCGGAAUGGCCUAAGUCUGAUAAAAACAGCGACGGCGAAAGCCGAGAUAGCUGUCAGGCAUUUAUAUGCGUCUGUUCUCGGCGCGGGGAAACUUGUAUUGCUUAGGGCAUAGAUAGUAGCGUUGAUGAGGGGACGGACGAGGAGGAAGAUGAGGAGAAUGAGGAGAACGAAGAAGACUCUUGAAUGCGGAAUCCUGGUCUACAAGACAAACAACAGAGGCAGUAAUAUUCAUAAAUGGCCAAUUCGGAAUGGAG